AUGCCGCUACGCGUCGCUGAGGCCUUAGAGGAGAACAACACUGAAGAAAAGAACCUCGAUCUUUCACCAGAAUUAGCCACGGAGAAGGUGCUUGGUAAGUGGUGGUGCACCGACGUAGACACCUUUACCUACAAGGUUGGGUGGGACCGAUACGGCCAAGCGCUGCUGGAGGGCCAACACCGGCCAACAAAACGACAAAUGCUGCGUGUACUUAUGUCCGUGUUCGAUCUGCUUGGGUUAAUUGCCCAAUUUCUAAUGUAUUUGAAAAUACUGCUUCAGGAAGUCUGGCGUUCCGGCAUCGGCUGGGAUGACCAAGUCAAUGAAACCAUUUUCGAAAGAUGGCAAACCUGGCUCAAAGUCCUUCCUACAAUUGAAAAGAUCAUCAUUCCUCGGUGCUACAUCAGCGAGUCAAGCAUCCACUACAGAGACAUACAGCUUCACACAUUCGUAGAUGCAAGUGAAAACGGUAUCGCGGCUACCUGCUACUUACGAUUCAACCAUCAGGAUGUUGUUGAGUGCAAAAUAGUCGCCGCCAAAAUCCGAGUCGCGCCAUUGAAAUUCCUCUCUAUACCUCGCCUAGAGCUUCAGGCGGCCCUGAUCGGCUCUCGACUUGCCCGAACACUCUCCGAAGCCCUCACGAUCCACAUUACCCGUCGAGUUUUCUAG